AGGGAUUUCCCUGAAAUGAAAGUGAAGGCAAAGAGCCUGCAGGCAAACCUUCAGAAACAUAUUUCAGGCCCGGCUAGGGGAGACCAAAGCUGCUCAGAAGGCACAAGCAAGAGUUGAGUUGCCGUAGACUCCCACUUUUGCCCUGCUCUGAAGCCUCACCUAUUGCCGACGGGACCACAGACCCAUGGCUCUCCGUGCCCUUCAGGAGGAGCAGGCCAGACUAAAGAUGAGGCUGCAGGAGCUGAAGCGGGUCAGACAGGAGCACAGGGACUUCCCGCAAAUCAAGGUCCCACUCCCAGUGCCGGAGAUCCCCCUGGUGUUCCGAGGACACACUCAGCAGGGCAGGAAAGUGCCCAAGACUUUGGUUUCCAACCUGCGGAUCUGCUACCCUCUGCCUGGAGGCUCUGCUCUGGUCACCUUUGAUGACCCCAAGGUGGCCCAGCAGUUGGUACGACAAAAGGAGCAUAAGGUCCACAUGGAAGAGUGCCGGCUGCCAGUGCAGGUCCAGCCCUUGGAGCUGCCCAUGGUGACCACUAUCCAGGUGUCCAGCCAGAUGAGUGACAGGAAAGUGCUGGUCAGCGGGUUUCCUACCAGUCUCAAGCUGAGUGAGGAGGAGCUGCUAGACAAGCUGGAAAUCUUCUUUGGCAAGACCAGGAACGGGGGUGGUGACGUGGAGACUCGGGAACUGCUGCAAGGGGGUGUCGUGCUGGGCUUCACUAGGGACGGAGUGGCCCAGCGCCUGUGCCAGAUUGGCCAGUUCACAGUGCCACUGGGUCGGCAACAGUUCCCUCUGAGAGUCUCUCCCUACGUGAGUGGGGAGAUCCAGAAGGCUGAGAUCAGGUCCCAGCCAGUGCCCCAGUCGGUGCUGGUGCUCAACAUUCCUGAUGUCCUGGAUGGCCCGGAGCUGCAUGAUAUCCUGGAGAUUCACUUCCAGAAGCCCACCCGCGGGGGUGGAGAGGUAGAGGCCCUGACAGUUGUGCCCCAGGGACAGCGGGGCCUGGCGGUCUUCACUGCUGAGUCGGGCUAGGAGCCUACCCUUCUCAACACCCCCACCCCUCUGCCAAGGUUCUCAAACUGGGCUGGGGUUGGGUGCACGUGUACGAGAGAGACUGUGCUGGUCAACAGCGGGCAGGGAUAAUGAAUUGUGAAACGCUGCCCAGGAACAGUAAAAGUGCCUGCUUGGCAUGAUCUUCUUCCUCA